CUUACAUCUAUUCUUUCCCUCUUUCUCUUUCAAUAUUGUGUGUUUUGUGGUCCUUUCCCCAUUCUCUUUAUAACACAACACUCUCUUAUCACUUUCUUCCCCAUUACUUCCAUUCCAUUCCAUCAUCUCUUCUCUCCCUCUCUUCCUCUCAAAACAAACUCUAACAUAUAAUCCCUCAUUGAAAGCUUCCCCUCUUCCCCAUUCCCAUAUCUCUUUUUGCUCUCUACUUCUCCUUUUCAACUUACUUGUUAGCCAGCCACAUCUUCCCGAUAUUGCAAGCUUGGAAAGGUUGUUGUUGUGUAGCGAAAUAAACACAAAUCAUCUUUGUGGAACAACGAGGACAAUGUCGAGCCGGAGAACGUCGAGGCAGCAGUCUUCAGGUGUGCCGAGGAUCAGCGACGAUCAGAUCAUCCAACUUGUCUCCAAGUUACGUCAACUCUUGCCGGAGCUUCGCCACAGCCGCCGCUCCGACAAGGUGUCGGCGUCGAAGGUGCUGCAGGAGACAUGCAACUACAUACGGAGCCUGCACAGGGAAGUGGAGGACUUGAGCGACCGGCUGUCGGAGCUGCUCUCCACCAUCGACGCCGACAGCCCCGAAGCCGCCAUUAUCAGGAGCUUGCUCAUGUGAUUUGAUUUCAUCGCGCCAUCUCCACUUCAGCUAGCCACUCCGAUCCAUAUAAUAAUAUUUCUUCUAUAUUUAUCGAAAUAUCAAUUGACACAAACAAUUUAUAUGUGUAUGUUACUAUGUUUAAUUAAGUUUAUGUAUGUAUGUAUGUGUGUGAGAUCGAUGUAUGUGUGUAUGGCCGUGCAGUGCUAGCCAUCUCUAGUUUACUCAAGCCGGCGGGCUGUAUAUCUUAAUUACCGACCCCACCAUCUAUCCCUACCUAAUUAAUUUACUUGCCUUAAUUAGUUACUGAUUAUAUAUAUGUAUGUAUUUUGGGUUUAAUUAAGACUGAUCUUCUGGUGAGACCUAGCUGCCUAAUCAAUGAUAUACCUAUCUAUCUAUUUAUCUAUCUAUCUAUCUACCUAUUGGCUAGCUGCUGGUAGGCCCUGCUU